AUGAAGGAAGUAGGAAAAGACAAGCCAUUGGACAAAGUACCAGAAUGGAUGGAAGUUGUAGACGAACUCAUGCUAGACGACGACAUAGAAGAAGUCAUUGAUUGCUACCCUACCCCGCUACUAUUCUAUAUUCUCUAUUCUAUAUUCUUAUCUGUGAUCUAUCAACUCUGGCUGUUGAAUACGUUAGCUAAUAUGUCGAAACGGAAGCAUACGGAUACCUUGCCGGACGAUCCGCCGCAAUUUGUUGCCUACUCUGAUUACUUGCAAUUUUUCAACCAUGUUUCGAAGCUCACUGCCAUCAUCAACGAAUUGAGGUCUGGGAUCAUCGAAUCUGGAUCUAAAACACUAGGUGAGAAAAUUUCGUCGACUUGCGAGCCUCUUCCAGUCCUUGCACCAAUCGGACCUCCCGUAUUGCCACCUCCAAUUUUUGAUGAAGUAUUCUCACAAGCGAUUGUUCCCACGUCCUAUGCUUCUGCUACCUCUCAGAAAUCCAACCCCAAUGCCGUCCCAAAGGUCUCCUCUUUCACGCCGAAUCACUUGGAUAAAUUGGAAAUCGCGCGGGAGGCCGCUAAAUUGAUCAAUAAAGCUACACGGGCUGUCAUCGAACGCUUCCCUGGUGAUCGCAACGACAAGGAACCGGAUUCCAAGCAACUCCGCAUCCUCCAGAAUCUUGCAUCCUCUAACAACCUUCCAGUUCCAGUCAAGAUUCAUCGUCACGAUUGCAAGUCAAUGUACCGCCCUUUGAAAGUUCAAUUUGAAUCCAGCUCCGACCGUGACUCGUUCCUACACGGAUUCCACAUUGCUCAUCGUACCAACCCUGAUAUCCUUGCCAUGCCGUCGAAGCCACGUGCUCGAAGAGAUCUGACUCGUCCUGAAUGGGAAACUCUCCGUGCUUCUCGUCUACGACGAGAACAAGAAAGCUGGGAAGACUAUCUUCAUCAUGUUUGA